CCGGUAGAGCGCUCUACUAUAGACAACAAUUCGCCAAUUCAGUCGGUCAGUUGCCUUCGAGGUGUCAGGUUGCUAAGUAGUGUCCAAGUGUAGAAAUGAAACUGUUUAUGCACUCGAGUUUAAUGAAUAAGUGGUUUGUACAAUGAAGCAGAAUUUUCCAGUUUUUAAUUGUGAAUCACUGAGAACUAUCUUUACUUGUUCAGUGCUGGUGGAGAUGUUGAACAGCUGAUUGAGAUAUCUUCUGUGAACAGCUGACAGGAUGAAGUUUGCUGAACACCUAUCUGCCCACAUUACACCAGAGUGGCGCAAACAAUACAUCAACUAUGAGGAGAUGAAAGCUAUGCUGUAUGUGGCAGUGGAGGAAGCACCGUCAGCCGAGGCUGUGGAGCCAGAUGAAGUAUCCAGGCAUUUCACCAAAUUUGACGAAAUGUUCUUUAGUUAUUGUGACAAAGAGUUGCUCAAGAUCAACACUUUCUACUCAGAAAAAUUGGCAGAGGCGACAAGAAAGUUUGCGACCCUGCGUAGUGAGCUUUCACUAUCUCUUCAGCAGAAAGGCAGAACAAAACGCAAGACUGAUGUGCCGGCCAGGAAACUAAACGAGCUCAAACUGGCUUUCAGCGAGUUUUAUCUUAGUUUAAUAUUGUUACAAAACUACCAAAACCUAAACUACACUGGCUUCAGGAAGAUACUGAAAAAACAUGACAAGCUACUGGCAGUGGAUCUGGGAGCUAAGUACCGAACAGAACAUGUGGAGGCAGCACACUUCUACACCAACAAGGACAUACCUCGUCUAAUAACAGAGACGGAAGCGACUGUAACCCAGGAGCUGGAGGGGGGAGACAGACAGCGAGCCAUGAAGCGACUCAGAGUGCCUCCACUGGGAGAGCAGCAGAGUCCCUGGACCACCUUCAAGGUCGGUCUCUUCUCCGGCUCCUUUGUGGUCUUGUUCAUUGCCGUUGUCCUGUCAGCUAUUUUUCAUGAAGGUGGUGGAACCAAUCUAAAUACAGCAUUCAAGCUGUACCGUGGGCCCCUGCUGAUUGUUGAGUUUCUCUUCCUGAUCGGUGUGAACGUGUACGGAUGGCGUUCAUCAGGUGUGAACCACGUGUUGAUCUUCGAGUUGGAUCCUCGCAACCAUCUGUCCGAGCAGCAUCUGAUGGAGAUGGCAGCCAUCAUGGGAGUGGUCUGGACACUCAGCAUGCUCAGUUUCCUGUACAGUGCCUCCCUGAGCAUUCCACCAUACGUGAACCCUCUCAGUCUAGCCUUCAUAUUCUUGGCAUUCACAAUCAACCCGGUUCGCACUUUCCGUCACGAAGCUAGAUUCUGGUCCCUCAGGGUCAUGGGCAGAAUGGUGUCAGCACCGCUGUUCCACGUUGGGUUUGCAGACUUUUGGCUGGCAGACCAGCUAAACAGCCUGGUAACAGUCCUGCUUGAUCUUCACUUUCUUGUCUGUUUCUACUUCACUAAUGGAGAAUGGAUCGAGGCUGGAGCUGUAGAUAUCCACAACUGUUCAGGAGGAGAGAUGUUCCUUGUGAGUCGAGCUCUAGUCAACUGCAUCCCUGCAUGGAUCCGAUUUGCUCAAUGUCUUCGCCGUUACUAUGACUCGAGAGAAGCCUUCCCGCACUUGGUCAAUGCUGGCAAAUAUUCCACCACUUUCUUUGUUGCUUUCUUCACCCUUCAGCGGACACUUACCAAAGACGAGUACAAGACAGAGUGGGACAAUCCCUACUUGUACUGGUGGUUGAUGGCGUCAGCAGUCAACUCUGUGUAUGCCUACACCUGGGACAUCAAGAUGGACUGGGGGCUGCUGGACAAGCGGGCUGGUGAAAACACAUUUCUGCGCGAGGAGAUCGUCUACACUAGUACUUCGUUCUAUUAUUUUGCCAUUGUGGAGGAUCUGGUACUCAGGUUCUCUUGGAUCAUCUCCUUUGCUCUAGUCCAAGCUGAAUUAUGUUCUAAUGAUCUUGUCACUUCAGUUACCGCCAUCUUAGAAGUGUUUAGGCGUUUUGUGUGGAAUUUCUUCCGCUUGGAGAACGAACACCUGAACAACUGCGGUAAGUUCCGAGCUGUGAGAGAUAUCUCAGUGGCUCCACUUGACUCCAGCGACCAUACCCAGAUCAUCCGCAUGAUGGAUGAUGAGAACGGUGUCACCAACAGAAAACCGCAACGCAAGACCGUCAAGAAAUCUGUGAAAGAAGACAAGAAACCGUUGUUGGCCAAGGAUAAUGUGAGCGAAAUGGGGAACACUUCACCUCUGACAAAAUAAAAAAGUGAGAAUCUGAAACAUUGGUACAUGCCAGACAACUUGAAGGAGAACUAACUGAGUAAUCAGAAUGAACUCUAUCACAACAAGAGAUUAGGUGUGAAUUAGCACUACAUUACAGGGCUUUCAUUAGAUGCUGGGUAGCAAACCGUCUGUUAAGAACAGUUAUUACAAUUUCUUGUUUACAUUCCUAAAAAUGUAUAUUGAAAAGAAAAAUUUGAAUACUUAAAACCUACAACAGGGCAUCAAAAAUGUGUCCAAUCCAGAGAAGUUGCAUAUUUUCAGUUGAUAUUUGUUAUUUAUAAAUACCGUUAUAAAUUAAAAAGAACAAACCUUCAGCAAUUCUCUGUGAUCUAAAUACAGGGUGGCCUUGAGUUUGGAAAUUUUGAAAGAUGCUGAUAUAAUAAAUACACUUAGUUCUGGUUGAAGUUACUACUAUAUGAGACACAUAUGCGCUAAACAGUUCACCAUACAAUCUACUAUUAAUGAUUGUUAUGACUGUUAAUUACUACUUGAGUUUCAUAAGAUAGUUCUAAAUCUUAUAAUUAAAAUAACAGUCAUAUGGGUUCUAGAUAUUCCAGACUCUAUGGCAAUUCUGUAUUAGCCAAUAUUAAAUGAUUGUACUAGUCAACUGUUAACUUGUACAUAAUUUUGUUUUGUUUGUGAAAUAUUUUAAUCCUGCUUUCACCUGAGUGGUUAUUUUGGUAAUGGCUUGUGGAUUAUUGUUACUUUCCAAA